AUUUUAAAAUUGACACAUUUGACACUGAAAAUUUUGCGAUUGUGUACAUAAAAUGGUAUAAUUAAAAUUUGUCUCGACAACCUAUAGUAUAAGAUAUGUAAAGAAAGAUUGAGCUAUUUAUAAUUUAGUUCAUAUUGGUUUAAAAUUUUUGUUAUGGUCGGAAAAUGUUAACAUCGGAAAAUGGGUUGUGUCUGUUGUUCGUUAAGUUCAUUUGUGUCGAUUGUCCUAGAUGCAUUAGAAAGAGUAUCGUUAUGCACUGUAUGUGCGAUGCUAACAUGUUGUUUGAUGAUAACGAUCAUAACUGUGAUGGUUCUGGGAAUAGGAAUCGGUUACCAUUAUUGUUUUGUCCAAAAUUCUGUUGAAGCCAUGGCAAAGGCUGCCGAAGCUGCUGGGGCGUUACGAUCGGGUUCGGGUCCGGGCCGUUCAGGGCCAGGCCAGGUCAUGCGUUCAGUAGACAAGGCUGUUAAACGUGGAUUCGCACACCGCAUUUCGAGAAGAGAAAUCCUCAAUCCAGAUGGUAACAACACUAUCAACUUCAACAGAACUGCGAACAUCAGUAAUGCUAAUAUUUUUUAAAUAUAUAUCCAAUUUCGUAAUUGUGUUGUUUUGUUCGUGUUGUAAAUGUAUUUAUGUAAGUUUAAACAGAAUAAAGACACUUUUAUA